AUGAGUAAUAUAGUCGAGCGAUUCGCCUCCAUUAUACUCGAUGACGACGUUGCAGCGGUGCAUGGUGCCAUCGUCGCGAUAGCCAAGAUGCCGAAUCGAGGAGGUCUGAAACUUUUCCUCAUCAAUGGCGUACCCGGCAGGAGGGAGUUCGAAGCGAACUUCGACGUUCUGUAUGCCUGCUGGUAUGGUGGCUCUUCCCAGAACGGUGUCCUCGUGACCUUUGAUGCUGAAGUAGACUCGAAACGUCGCUUCGUGGGUGAUGCGUUGCAAAGCUUCUUCGGUGAUGGCGGGACAAACACGCAGUAUGCUAAGGUCUCCAGAUUGAAGAAGUGGUGCGAUGAUUAG